AUGGACGCUGAUUCUCCCGAGUUCUUCCAUCCCUUGUCGAGUUUUGUUUUUCGGUGUGGUCGACGGUUUAGAGUCGCCGACGAUCCGAACACGAGACGGCUUGGACUGGGUUAUAUGUUACCGGUUGCACACAAGAGCGACUUGACAAUCUUUAUCUCCAAGUUCGGAGAUAAACAUCUAUGUCAUACAUUGAAAUGUGUGAAGGCAGUUUCAAAAUUAAUUCCUAAAAUCGGAAGUCCAUUGUUUGAUUACAGUACAGCAUUGUCACGCGACAAACGGCGGUGUAGAGAUUUCUUCGACGUGGAACAAUGCUCUGGGCGAAACGUCGAAAUCCCGAUUACCCCACUGCUUGUAAAAGUAUUAUAUAUAUAUGUAUAUAUAUUCUCAUUUUUUCUCCUUCUAGUCAAUGGCGUGGUAAAACCAGGAACAUUAGUAGCCAUAAUGGGCUCGAGUGGGGCAGGAAAGUCUACCCUGAUGAAUGUCUUGACCGGCAGAAGCGGCAACGAGGUGUCGGUGCAUGGCCAAGUGACAGUGAAUGGCUGUGAAAUUGGGAGCCUUAUGGGGGACAUCUCUGCUUACGUCGAACAAGAGGAUGCUUUCAUACCUUCAUUGACUGUUAUAGAGCAACUCAUGUUUCGGGCAUUGUUACGAAUGGAUAAGUCUUACGACAAAGAACAGCGGAUACAAAGAGUGAAAGAUGUAAUUAGAGAGCUGAGCCUGACAAAAUGUGCCAAUACCAUGAUUGGUGAUGAAAGAAUCAAAGGAAUAUCAGGAGGAGAGAAAAAAAGAGUGGCGUUUGCUUCCGAGAUUUUAACAGAUCCUCCUCUCAUCUUUCUCGACGAACCCACUUCCGGUCUGGAUUCUUACUUAGCUAAAAAUCUUAUUCAAGUCUUGAAAAACAUGGCGUCUCGCGGCCGUACCAUCAUAACAACGAUCCAUCAACCAUCGUCAGAAAUAUUUACUAUGUUUGACGAGUAAGUACAACAUCUGCUACUUAAAUCUUUAGCCACGUCACACAUUUUCAUUUACUGCUUGGUCGACGAAGUGGGAGGAACACUCACAACUUGUUUUCCAGUACCUCUGAAAUUGAUGAGCAGAAAGGGAGACAGAUCGAAGACUAAUACAAGCAUACGCAUAUGUGUAUUUAAACGAAAUUGUAGAAACUGGCUGGUGGAAGAAAUUACGAAUGAAAAAAAACCCAACAAAAACAAACAAAAAAAAACAGACGUAGAAAUCGAAACAUGGUGUCUUAAUUGCAGCUAUUGCUAUU